ACUUCACUGUGCACUAAAAAGUUAAUAAGGGUAGAAGGAUAACACUUAAAAGUGCACUAGAACUCCAUGCACUUCUUACAGCCAUGAGUUUUAGUGCUAUCUCGCUUCCCAUUGGUUCAGACGCACUUCCGGUAUGUGAUGUUUACAGAACUGUUCCAGGAACCUACAGUAGAUGGGAUGCGACGGAAUGUGUCUUCUGCAAGGACUUUGCAGAGCAGCUCGAGCUCUGUGUAAUCCUCUAAAGCGUGGAGAAUAUCCGGUCAUAAUGUCAGCUCGUGUUUGUAGCGAUUGCUCUGGAUUUGAGGAAGUCACAUUGAUGUUAGAGCACACGAGUGAAACACGGGUGAAGAGCGAAUCUAGUGUGAGGCAGAGGAGCGUGGAGAGCACUGAGUCUCCGGGGAGAGACACUCUUUCCGAGCAGGACAGACUCGUUCAUAGUCUUCACCAGGACGCAUGCAAGGCUGGGAAAACAACGUACACAGACCCAGGAUCCGGCUACACAGUGUUCACAGAGGUUGCCCAUAAGAAAAGGGGGAGAUGCUGUGGAAACGCAUGUAGGCAUGUAAGUCCUGAUUCAUGUCCAUAUGGUCAAAUUAAUGUGAAGGACUCUUCUAAGAAGAAAACGUUCAACUCUGCCUUUUAUGUAUAGCUUUUUCUAAAAAUCUCUCAGUUGUUGUCAGACCUCCAGUCUUGCACUCGCAAUAAAGAUAAAAGUGGAAGAAACCAUGAGACAAGCCAAAGGACUGGAUAAACAGAUGAAGAGCAAAUGCAGAUCUCAUUAAUGUAAUAUAUGUAACCUUCCACUUCCUGAAUAAGUGUUUUUGUGAGUGCUUAUUUGGACUGAAUGUGCAUUUGCCUUACACUCCAUUUGAAAUGAUGAAAUCGUGCACAGCAGAUGUGUAACCCACGCUUCUCAAGCCUGUAAGAUGUGAAUCACACUGUGAUUUGUGUCAUCAGGUGUUGGUCUGUUCCUCAAUCCCAUGAAGGCAUAGAAGUGUGGAUUUGGUUGCAGAAUAAACAGUCACAUUGUCACGUGCA